AUGGGGAUGAGCGGGUUUUUAUGGGAUCCCAUAACAAAUAUGUGGGAUGCUGAACCUGAAGUAUGGGACCAGUUAAUUCAGGCUAAGCCUGCAGCUGCUGAGCUGAGGACCAUGUCAAUUAGAAAUUAUGAUAAGCUAAUAAUACUGUAUGGAAAGGAUCGAGAUACUGGAAAGCAUGCUGAGACUGGACCAGAUAUGUUAAAAAGAGGUGCUCGUAAAAAUUUGAAAAGAUCAAGUACUAGUUCGUUGACUAUUGAUGAGGUAGAUGAGAUGAUUUCAGUGAAUGUUGCCUCGUUGGAAAACACCGAGGAACAUGGACAGGAUAAGCAAAAUCAACCAACUAAUGGUGAACCUACAUCGAGUAGCUAUCUAGAGACACUGACUCCUAUCAGAAAUAAAAAGUCUAAACAUGAUCAUCUUGACGGAAUGGCUGACAUGUUGAGAGGUGGGAUGGACAAUUUGUCUAAUGCAAUUAACCGACUUUCAACUAUGCCUCCUAUUCCUGCGAACGAGAUAUGGCAAAUGGUAAAGGAGAUGAAUUUGGAACGUCACCUGAGCAAUAAGGCUUAUAUAGUUCUUUGUAAAAACGCAGAUAUGUGUCGCACAUUGAUGGGAUGUCCACAGGAAGACCGCAAGAUUCUUUUAUUGACCAUGAUGUCACCCGAAGAUUAA